UAGUUUUUGCAGUGUAGAACAUUUUGAAUACAGUUUUAUCACUUAAAGUGAUAAAUGUGCUUAAAGUGAAUGUGCUUAAAGUGAUUAAUACAAACUAUUUUUUUUUAAUAAAGGUGUUUCUUAAAGUUUUCUAAAUCAAAAUUGGUCUGACUAUUAUUUACUAUGUUUGUUUAAGGUUGCAGUCGAACAAAUGUGUGUAAAUAUAAGUAACAUAAAGCUGUUGACAAAUCUGCUUUAUAUUUUAUGAGUUCCACAGUUAUCAGCUAUCAUUCCAUUGCUUUUGAGGUUUUUUUUGUCACUCUGGAUUUCACAUUCUCAUCCUGUUUUGUUUGUGGCCAUCUCUCUCACUGGCUCUGUGGAGGGCUCAGUGAGUGAAAGAUUGUAGAAUGAUAGGAAGUGGAAGUUAAAGUAUGAGGGGUCACUAUGCAAUGCAUUUUUCUUCUUUCACUCUCUCUGUCUCCCAAUUUCUUUUGCUCUCCAAGUUGGAAAGCAGUUGCACACUGAUGGCUUUGUUUUUGACUCACUUUACAUUUAUUUAUUUAUUUAUUCACCACAGAUGUUUCGGAAAAAAGCCUCAUCCUCCUUGAGAAUGCGGGGAAUAUCAGAAAACAAUAGACGGAGUGUGGACCGUGCCCGAAGCUCCUCCUUCCAUGAGGUGGGUAGGUCACGAGAUCUGGAAAUGAGGGCAGCAGCCUCAGUUUCCGAGGACACAUCGGCUAGCAACAGCGGUGGUAGUGGGCACACGGUUCUGCAGCGGCUCUUGCAGGAGCAAAUGCGCUAUGGCGAGGGUCGAAAUUACCUUGCCUUGCAACAACAGCAGCAGCAACAAGGUCCAGUAAGCGGAUACCCAGGGCCUGGCAGCCCAGGAGACGAGCACUCGAUGGUCCCACACAUUGCACGACAGGAGCCCCAGGGCCAGGAGUUGCAGGUUGAUAGUGGCAUGGAGAAGCUCAGCACACGCACUGCAGUAGGAGGCGGUGGUAGUGGAGGCACCGGGUCACUUGGUGGUAGCUGUGUCAGUGGGCAGGUGCAGAAUCCAGAAGACCUGCCCACUUAUGACCAAGCCAAGGUUCAGUCGCAGUACUUCCGUGGCCAUCAACCCCAGCAACCUCAACCGCAGAUGCCCCCAACAGUGGGUGCUGCUUUUUAUGUGACUGGAGUCACCAACUCUAAGGUGCGACCCCCAGAGGGCAGAUCCACGGUGCAGAGAAUGAAUGGAGGCAAAGUACACCAAGAUGAUGGGCUCAAGGAUCUAAAGCAAGGCCAUGUACGUUCUCUCAGUGAAAGACUAAUGCAGCUCUCAUUGGCCACCAGCGGGGUCAAGGCCCAUGCUCCUGUUACCAGUUCACCACUUUCCCCCCAGCUGCCUCCACCAGGACUUCCAGGAGACUACUACAAACCCACUGGGCCUCCACACAGAGGGCCACCUCCAGACUAUCCUUUUAAAGGAAUGCCCUCUCCACCCAAACAGCAACAGCACCAUCAGCCUCAGCACCAGGAGCCUGGACACUUCUACCCAGACCACCGAGGUACAAGCCAACCAGCCAGGACUGACAUUCCUCAUGUCCGGUACCAGCCACCACCGGAGUAUGGCUCUUUCCGGUCAAGUAAGGAGAGUUCAAGCCACUCUCAAAGGUCCGUCCAUCACCACAGCCCUUCAUCUUCGGUUACGUCUGGAGGCUCUCUCUCCCGUGCUCAGUCUUCCACUCUCAGCAGCAUCUUGGCUGCUUCCCAUGCACCUCCACCAAUGGGUCAUCCGGGAGAGCCACCCUUCCCCAUUGCUGCUCGUAGUCCACAGGGGCCUGGUUCUCACCAAGGUGAUCCAUACGGCCCAGGCCACCCUCCCCAUCAACGGAGCCAUGUGUUUCCACAUGAUCAUUAUGGCUCAGCUCCAAGGGGCCUCCACAUGCUCCAGCACCAGCACCAGUACCACCAACAAGGCCCCCAGCAGCAGAGUCCAGCACAACAUUACCCACAUCCACACUCCAUGCAGGGGGAUCCUUACGCCAUGCUUGCCCGUGCCCAGCAGAUGGUGGAUAUGCUGUCUGAAGAAAAUGGCUUGCUUAAGCAAGAGCUGGAGGUGUGUGGGGAGAAAGUGUCCAAAUUACAAAAGAUGGAGACUGAGAUCCAGAUGGUGUCCGAAGCUUACGAGAACUUGGCAAAAUCAUCCACAAAGAGGGAAGCUCUUGAGAAGACCAUGAGAAAUAAGCUGGAGAUGGAGGUGCGCAGGGUGCACGACUUCAACAGGGACCUACGAGAACGAAUGGAAACAGCCAACAAGCAGCUCGCCGCAAAAGAGUGUGAGGGCACCGAGGACAAUCGUAAAACCAUCUCACAGCUUCUGGUUCAGGUUAAAGAGAAUCAGAGAGAAAAGGAGAAGCUGGAAAUCGAGUUGAAUUCACUUCGAUCCACCACGGAGGACCAGCGCAGGCAUAUCGAGAUCCGUGACCAGGCCUUAAACAAUGCGCAAGCCAAAGUGGUCAAACUGGAGGAAGAGCUGAAGAAAAAGCAGGUAUAUGUGGAGAAGGUGGAGCGGAUGCAGCAGGCUCUAGCACAGCUUCAGGCCGCCUGUGAGAAGAGAGAACAGCUUGAGCAUCGGCUACGCACUCGACUGGAGAGAGAGCUGGAAUCACUGCGAAUGCAACAGAGACAAGGUGGCUCUCAGAGCACAGUUGGCCCGGAGUUCAGCACAGCGGCUCUGAUGGAGCACCUGAGAGAAAAAGAGGAGAGGAUUUUGGCCCUGGAGGCCGACAUGACCAAAUGGGAGCAGAAAUAUCUGGAGGAGAGCGUCAUGAGGCAGUUCGCACUGGACGCCGCUGCUUCUGUGGCCACACAGAGAGACACAUCGUCUGCCAUCAUCAGUCACUCUCCCAGCAGCAGCUACGACACUUCAGUGGAGGCUCGAAUCCAGAAGGAGGAGGAGGAGAUCCUGAUGGCCAACCGCCGCUGCCUGGACAUGGAGAGCCGGAUCAAAAACCUGCACGCUCAGAUCAUUGAGAAGGACGCCAUGAUCAAGGUCCUGCACCAGCGCUCGCGGAAAGAACCCGCUAGCAAGCUGGACGCUCCGGCCAUGAGGCCCUCCAAAUCAUUAAUGUCCAUCGCCACGGGCACCGGUGGCUCCAGUGGCUCUGGCCUGCUGUCUCACUCUCUGGGGCUCAGCGGCAGCAGCCCGAUCACGGAGGAGCGCAGGGAAGAUCGCAGCUGGAAGGGCAGUUUGGGUGUUCUGCUGGGUCCAGAGUUUCGAGGAGACUCUCUGAGAACAGAGUCCAUUUCCUCUUCUCCGUCUCCAGUCCUGCCCUCCACCCCGAUGCCCCUCGCCACACACUCAAAGACAGGCAGCAGAGACAGCUGUACGCAGACAGAGAAGAGCCAGGAGAGCAGCAAACCCAGCACACCCGCCCUGCAGAGCGUCCCGGGACCCAGCCGAAUCAGCAGCCCCAGCCCCGUCUACAUACCAGACCGCAUCGCUGACGUGCCAGUGUUUCACAGCAGUACUUUAGAGAGGAGAGCACCGGUGCAGAGUCUUCCUCCAGCAUCAGUGGCAGCACAGGACAUGGACAGCGAAAUGGUGGAAAUCCUAAUCUGAUCACCUUGCUAAGCAGGUGAAGGACUCCACACACUCCUCGAUCGUACAUUUCACAUCAGGAUGUUUCUGAACAAACACACUGAAAGCCGACAACAAACAACAAUCCUUUUUUUUUUUUUUUUACAGUAUUGUCUGGUGGACGUUUUUUCCCAGACUCUCGGACCAAAUUAUUAUUGUAAUUCUUUUUUUACAUUUAUUGCACUACUUUUGUUUAUUUUGGGUAUGCAAUUUGUCUGUAUUUACAAAUAAUACAAAAUGGCACUUGAGUAUCUAACAAAAUGGUGACUAGCCGAACAGUUGUUAUGUGUAAAUACUGCAUCUGAAUACUGUAAAACUGAAUGUCGUAUGGCUUUUUUAUAAUAAAUUGUUGGGCGCAGCAAGUUUUGAAGAGCAAUGGACCACCAGAAAUUCACACAAGUGUCCAGAAGCUCACGUUUCUGUAUGUGAAAUUGUGUAAGUAUGAGUGACCCAACUGGUUUUGGGUUUGUCUGUGUGAGAUUCUCUAGGUUUUUCAAUCUGAACUGUAGAUUCCAGUAGAGCUCUGACACACCGGACUUCCCAGUUUUUUCCCAAUUCCUCUCAUCCGUUUCCUUUGUAGAAGACAAAAUGGCUUCUUCUCCCAGUCUUAUAGUUGCGUUUGAGUAAAGGAAUCCAUUUAAAAAGGACACAUUAUGUUUUAGAGCAGAGUCUAACCUAAUUCAAGAUUUCACAUGCAUAAAUGAGAAGUUCUUUCUAUGAAAUCAGUGAACAUCUAUGAAACCCUCAGAUUUCAUGACUUUCAUAAUUUCAAGUGCUUUAUAGUUUUCAGAGUUUUUCCCAAAUGGCCUCUGGAUGCAAGUUUGCGGGUGGUUUUUGGCUUGACGUCAAUGUGAUGUCUGUUCGAUACGCGUGUUUUCAUCUGGAACGUGUCACAUUUAAAGUGUUUGCACGUCUGAUCAACGUUCCUGUAAUAUUCCCUGGCAGACGCCAUAUCAACAUUCAGCUGAUUUACCUCCUGAAUUGAUGUGUUUGUCAGCCAUAGGAGCUCUCGCAGUGGCUGUUCGCUGGCCUUUAGUAUUUGUCGUUUAUGUACAGACGAAAGUGCAAGUUUAUGCUUUUUAAAGCAGGUCAUCAUUUCAAAGAAAAGCAUCAGAUGAUUUAUUCUUGCUGAUUAAAAUGGCAUUUACAAAGCUGUUCACAACAUUGAGGGCAGUAUGAAUGUUUUUAAAUGCUCACAGGGGCUGCAUUUAGAUCAUCACAAAUAGUCAAACUAGUGACAUCAUGAAAUAUUUCUGUAAAUUAAAACAAAUUUAAAUGAUUAUUUUCUAUAAAUAUUCGCUGAAUGUUUUGCAUUGUUAUUAUGUUAGUUUCUGCAAUUAAUGUUACUUAUAAAUGGAUGAAACUACAUAUGAUGCAAACAACUUAUUUAAAGAGUAUUUUAAAUAGUUUCUAAUAGGAUUGCCAAAAUCUUCGACUUUACUAAUCGAUAAUGACAUUUUAAAAAUGACCAAUUCCCGGUAACAUUUAAGUGCUGUUGAGCAUGAUCUUAAACACCUCUGUUUACCAGAGAAGGGAAUAAACAGAGGUCGGAGCCAGCUCCAAAUGGGCUGUUCAGUGCUGAAUAGGUGGGACUUGAUCUCCAAGUGGGCAGUACAAAACUCCUGGAGUUUAGAUAUAUUUAUUUAAUGUCUUGUACACAACAGAGGCCAACCUAUUGUGUUUUUAAUGUCUACACCUACUCCAAACCUAAAUGCAACCUCACAGUAAUCUGUUGUUAUAUUACCACAAUCCAAAACCCAAACUACUUGUUCUGCAGCAAUACCUGCAUACACAGAUAUGUGGACUCUGAAACAUUUGAAAGCCACAACUAAUGCUGAUGGUACACUAGGCAACUUUAUAGCAAUGUUCCUGAAACCAGGUGAGACACAGGGCAAGUAAUUAAAGCAAAAGUCUACAGAUCUAAUAUUGUUGCCCAUUUUUAAUUGGAAAGUAGCCCAGCAACAUCCAUCACUCUCCAAAAUUGCAAUAUUGUUCAAAAUGUUGCCCUCUGUAUCAUCAGCAUAACAGUUGAUCGCACCAGUGUCCUUGUAUCUUGGUGAAGCGAUGAACUUCAGUGCCAGUCACAGUCAUACCCGUUGAGCAGGUAAACAAGGACCAUUUUAUACCAAUUCUCACUAGUGUCUAUUACCUGUUUAUUAGUAAGGUAUUGGCUGUUUAUUUGUACUUAUAAAGUACAUAUAUGACAUUAUACAUCCUUAAUCCAACAAACAACCCCAAAUUUGCUAAUAGCAGGAAAUAUACCUUAAAGGUAUAGUGUGACCUAAAUUUUAGCAUCAUAAAAUUCAAGACCAUCACAUUUUAGCUCAAAGUACAAAUUGUCUGCUUAUUGAUAAUUAGUAAUGUAGUAGUUGAGUUUAGGUAGGAUUAGAAAUAUGGAAUGAGAUCAUACUUUAAGUACUAAUAAACAGUCAUACAUAAUAAUAAUCAUCAUUAUCAAAUAAUAAUAAGCAAGUAUGUAAUUGUGAGAAUUAGUACUAGUGUUACACAGGGUGUCUGUCAGUUUUACCAAGUUAUAUUUAAGACUUAAGACAUUUUUAUAACUAUUAUGAAUAAAAUUUUAGACUUAUACGGAUCUAAAUGCUAAGAAUUUUUUUAAUAUCCCAGUUGGCAAAGAUUUUCCCUUGCCCCAUUUAAAAAGUAUUAUAAUUUAAUAAUACAAUAAUAAUUUAAUAAUAAAAAAAAUAGGUCAGGUCAGUAUCCUCAGUAAAUAAAUGGAGAACUUUUAAACGAAUGUUACUGUCAGGAAAGUAAUGAAAUGCUAUUUUUAGAUAAAGUUUUUUGAGAUUGGGAUUAUUGGUGAUUGUAUGGGUGUUAAUGGCCAAAUUGGGUAGCUAUACACAAACAAACGACAAUUAAGACCUUAAAUAAAUAAAAGAUUUAAGACCUAAAACACAAUAUUUAAGUAGAUUUAAGACUUUUUAAGACCUAAAAUUUAGCUUUUGAGAUUUAAGACUUUUUAGGACCAUGCUGACACCGAGUCAAUACCUUUGACAACCCUAGUUUCUGCUUUAAUAUUCACAGACACUAGUCCACAUCAGAGUUUGUUUGCGUAUACAAUCCCAUAUUUGAUUUAUUCAUCUAAAAUGUGAUGAAUUUUGAAAUAUUGCUAGUUCUUUUUUACACAAAAUUAUAUAUUUUAUUACAAUUUUACAUCUUUUGAUCAAUUUAGUGCAUCUCUGAUGAAUGAAAAUAAUAAAACACACAUGCUAUCCACAAUCUUAUGGACAGCUGAAACUUGGCGCUAAGUAAAUUCUGCCCCCUGUAGGACACACAAUCUAUCACCGUUUAACCCUUUAUAGGACAUUCAUUGGAAAAAACCCACUGGUGGUUAUACUUUUGAAACCUCUGAACUUUUAGGACUUCAAAAAAAAAAAUAUUGCAACCAAUGUCAAAGAAAUUACCAUAUACUUCACCCGAUAAAGGGUUAAAACCCAAGAAAGAGAAAGUUUCCGUUAGCAUUCCAAUGUGUCCUGACUUGAGCCAAUCAUCUGAGCCCGAAAUGUCAUGUGACUAUUAUAUGCUGCCAUUAUAUAAUGAUUAAAAAAAUACAGGACUAGUAUAGUAAUAAUAUGAUUCUACAUAACCAUUUCAGAUUUACAGUUACCAGUAAAUCCACAUCUAAAAACCAUUCAGAUCUAAACAUUUCACUGUAGUCAAAUCAGUCAUGAAAAAUGGACCAAAUUGAAUUAAUUUCCGAGUAAUGAAGGAUUUGAGCUCAGUCAGUCUCGGUUCUCGGUACUUGACAUUUUCCACACAAUCAUUCUUUUAUUGAGAGACAUUUUUACCCCUCCUCUCCUUCCUGUCUUACUUUUUAAAAUUAAAUCUGAACAUAUCCAGGGUUGUUAGAUCAGCCAUUGUCAAAACCAACAGAGAGCUCGACUAAUUUGGGCGCAAAUGAAGACAAUGGACCUAGGAGUGCAUCGAGACCAUGGUGGAAUAAACAUUACAACAUUUUAACAUCCAAAACACUGCAAACGGGUACUGUCCGCAAUCAAAUACACAGAAGAAAACAGUCAACGGUUGACGUCAGGCUAAUCUGCUCAUGUGAGUUGAUAUCAGUUUGUUCCACCUGAAGCUUGGUCUCGUUUCUCGAUGGUCUUGCUACGUUAGAUUGCAGUCGUUAAAUGAAAAUGAGUCAUAGCCCAUCUAAGGAUGGUUUACGAGAAUGUGGUUUUGUAUUCUUGUUAUUUGUAUCUACUAUUUUGUCCCAUCGAUGGGCAUUUUAUGUAUUCUCGCAAGGAACGUUUUAGUAUUUGUUUGAUUCCAGUUUGUCACUCUAGUUGCUGCUUAAUGUUAUUACUGUACAAUGAUGAUCCGUUUCAAUUCAAUAGUAUUCAUUUCUCAUCUUCUCUCAUGCAGACCGUGUAUAAGGCUUUACUUUUUUCAUUUGGUUUCAAGUCUGAAGUGUUUCAAUACAUUUUUGUUUUUGUUUUUUUGGUUAAUUUAAUUUUUUAAUAAACUGAUGCAAUUGCGGUG